CCAUACAUAUUGCUUUCACUUUAUGCUCUGAAGUGAGGUAAUCCGCUGAUAUGAUAACAAGACUGACCUUGAACUUAAUGGAGUCUCGAUUGUCCAUCUUAUUCAGUUGUUGUCUGUCUGUUCUUGCGAAAGAGCUUUAGUGCUGAAAUUGCAGUUAAGUUGUCCUUGGAACGUCAAGAUGAUGAGACGCAGAGACAGCCCUCUGAUUGAAAGGGACCAAAAGCCAUCCAAAGGAACACAGAUAUUUGCUACAUUCUCGGCUGCACUGGCAGGAGCUUCAGUUGGGGUGUCUUUUGGUUACACAUCUCCAGCUGGUCCUAGGCUCAAGAAUCCGAUGAGUGAGGCAGAUGGCAAACUGCAACUGGAUGCAAUCGAGUUGAACAUCUUUGGUUCUUGCCUUACUCUGGCUGCAGCGCUUGGAGCUUUGCUUUGUGGCUACUGCAUGAGCAGAUGGGGCAGGAGAGUCACGUUGCUUGGGGCAGCGGCAGUGAGCAUCAUCGGAUGGCUUCCCAUAGCUUUAGGGACCAGUUUUCCUCUCUUGAUGUUUGGGCGAAUCCUUAACGGCAUUGGAACCGGGGCAGUGACUGUAGUUGGACCAGCUUACAUCGGGGAAAUUGCAUCGCCCAGUAUCAGGGGAUCACUUGGAGCCUGCUUUCCAGUGAUGAUUACUGUAGGCAAUAUAUUUGUCUUUGGACUGGGAUCUGUCAUUUUCAGCUGGCGAAUCCUGGCAGCUAUUUCUGCCACCCCUGCAGUACUGUGCUUUAUCUGUAUGUUUUUCAAUAAGGAGUCUCCCCAGUUCUUAAUCAUGAAGGCCAGGCACCAGGAGGCAAGAGAAGCACUUCAGUACUUCAGAGGCAAAGAUCAUGACGUUAGUGAAGAGUUUGUCAGCAUGCAAGCCUUUGUUGACGACUUGAAUCAAAAGAACGGGAGCUUUCGAGACCUCUUGCUGCCUCACAGUAUGAAGCCAGCAGCUAUUUGCUGUACUGUCCUUUUCUUCAGUCAAGUAUCUGGGAUGACGCCUAUGAUCCUUAAUCUCCGUACUGUAUUUGAGGAAGCAUCGACCGGGAUCCAGGAAGACUUCUCGACCAUUAUAAUUGGGGUGGUGGAACUGGUCUUUACACUGGUGUCAGUAGGCCUCGUUGACAGGGUCGGUCGAAAGCUGCUGUUGGUGGCGUCCAGUACUGUCAUGUGUUUGUCUCUAGCCGUUCUGGGCGCCUAUUUCUACCUCGCUCAGCAGAGCCAAGAAUGGGCUCGGGAAACUCUAGGAUGGCUUCCGCUGACAGCUCUUAUCCUGUACUUUGCAGCCCUGAAUGCAGGAUUCUUCCCAGUUCAAUACAUUCUGAUAGGUGAGCUUCUGACUCCAGAGGUGAAAGGAGUCUUUGGCAGUAUAUCGAUUAUGGUGAGCUCGAUUUCAGGCUUUGUGGUUUCGAUCUCAUUUGAGCCGAUGCAGAAUGCAAUUGGGAGCUACGGAACAAAUUGGUUCUACGCCUUCAUGUGCCUACUGGCUCUCCUCUUCUCUGUCAUCGUCGUGCCAGAGACAAAAGGAAGAACAAUGCAAGAGAUAGCAAGUUAUUUUGGUAAUCCCUCGGCUCCUACUCCUGGGGGUACUGGUGCUACUCAGAGCUGAAGUUGAUACAUCCCGAUCUAUGAAGAUGACAUUUACAAAUACAUCAAUGUAUUAUUUCAGAAAGGUUACGGUCAGAAAAGCCCCGUUCCUUCUAUAUGAAAAUGCGCAUUAUGAACAGAAUCAGGUCUUCAAAAGAACAGAAGAAAAGGUGUUAAUAGUUCCGAAGCCUGUAUCGUGAUGUUUCAUAUAAUUGGCAUCUACUUACACAUCACGAGGAGUGAAAGAAGAAUGUGGCAAGGAAAAACAUUUGUACAUUGCUAUUUUAGAGACAGGACUUUUACGAAGGAUUUAUCGGGAACCACCACAUAAAAAUGACAACAAAUAGCUUAGAGACAAAAUGAAAUUCUGUGUCCCUUAUCACGUCGAGCCGAUCAUCAUCAUGGCGUGUAACAUGGAGAACUAUGGUAUUUAUUAUUUUUCAUUCAAUUUCAUACAUACCAAUAUGAGACUGCAUCUGAGGUCCCCUACCAGAAGGUUUCUAAAACAGAGUUGUGCGUUCAUCCGCUAGCUGUGUUUUACACGAAUCUUUUCUUUUCUAACAUUCCCUAGGCUUCAUAGGCGAUUUUUAUGAAGCUGCUAACCAAGGUAAAUUCCUUUUACCAUAAUAAUUUCACUUAUUCAAACAACGUGCUUUCCUCCUCUUCAUACAUAUUUCACGCGAAUCCAUGGCUGUCCGGUAUGUAAUCAGUUCCAAGUAAAUGCCAACAUAAUUUUUUUUUUUCAAGAAAACAAUUUCCUCUAAAGCUCUGAAGUGUUUUAUUUUCAUAUAUUUUUUCUCUUGGUUGUCUUUAAUUGAUAAUUGAUAGAUAAUACAUGUACAUAUAUAUAGAUGCUCACAAAUACGUAUACGUGGAUAGCCUGUGCAUAUUGGCGUGUGUGGUCGCAUCAUAAUGGUAGAGUAAACUUGUGAUCAGCACAGUAAUUUUAGAAUUUCCUGCGUCUUUAACUAAAAAAAAGCCCGAGGAAUGGAGGUUUUUAUUUUUGUUGUGUGCAAUCAGUUCCAUGUUUUGUGCUACUGCAUCCUUUAUUGUCAGCGGUCAUCGUAUCGGCUUCUUGCCUCAGCACUUAGAGCAAAAUCUAGGACAGGGGUUCUUCAAGGGGGUUAUUCAUACCCCUUGGGGAUAUGAGAACCACAUGCUGGGGGUAUGGUACUUGAUCUCUGGAUAUUUGUAUAUAUUUUAUUUCAAUUUGCCAAUGUAUACUUGG